UAUCGCGCCGAAGGCGCCCUAUCUCUUUACGGCGCGCUCUACCACCCUUGGAUUCCACCCUUAUAGUCACUACCACUGACUACUGGUGCUACUGGACACUCUCUCACCAAGGGGUGGUAACAUAAUGGCACCGGAGACAUGGAAGCCACACGAAAGCCUCACCCAGGCUCCCACCAACCUGAAGGAGGCCAUUGACUGGGUCCUCAGGGUAACUGGUAGGGAUGGUAAGAACAAUGACAAGGCGGCUUCGCCGCCACAAUUCGGGUGCCUCUGUUUCCUGGCCAAGGCAAUAAAGGACCUACUGUAUGACGCCAGGUCCCCGGGGACCCCUGGUCCCAGCCCUGAGAGGAACUGGGAUGGCAUACUCCUGGACCAGGAGAAGGACAUAGUGCUACCAGUGCUCACUGACCUGGGACUGGUCAAUAGUGACAGCACUAGUGCCAGUACUACCUCUAGUUGUGCUGGUGGUACUGAGGUCAUAGGGACACUGAUAGAGCAGUUGGCACUGGGACUACAAAAGUGGGUUGGGUGGCAGGAAGGGGAUACUUGUUGUCUUAAGGGAACAGAUGGGAUAGGAAAGGAGUGUAAAUGUCCGGCUGGUGUUGGUGGCCAGUGUUGUACCGGUGCUGGUGGUACUACUUGUCAUGACUGUACCAAGUGUGGUACCGGUGCCAGUAGUGGUAGCGCUGACAAAAAAUGCUACCAAUCGGCCUAUUGCAAAACAAAGAGUUCUUCCAGUAGUGGAUCCAGUUCCGCUGAGAACUACCUUUGGCCCACCCUCUCGGAAAAGCCAGUAGAGGUCCACCUCCUGGCCCGUAUUUUCCUAGGGUCAGUAUGUCUCAUCUGGAGUGGACUCAGUCAGUUGGGGUUCCUAACGGGUGGGAAGAGUGAUGAGAGGUGGAGCCAGAGUAAGCUGCAUGAGAUAGAGGGUGCCAAUGUCGGUCUCGGCUCAUUCAUGGCAGCCAUGGGCUAUGACCUGGAUAGGUUGAAUCAGGGAGUUCCAGGUAAUAAGAAUGGAGGGUUUGUGCACGAAUUGUUGACGGAUAAAGCUAAGGGAGUACCGUGGAAAGAAUUCCAGGGUGGCAGUACCUCUCAGAACAGUGUAGCUGAGUACUACAGUAGUAUCUAUACUACAGCACAGAGUGCUGCCAAGGGCAGCUCUAAGAGUACUGAAUCCAUUUGUAAGGAGUACCCCCUAUUGGUACUACACAUCCUGGCCAGUGGGUACUUCAGGGCAGGUAGUGCCGGUGCUAACAAAGUGACGCCGGCUUCGCCGGCCACGCCAAAGAAGGAUGAGACCCCCUCUCCUAGGAAACCACGAACAAUCCGAGAGAUCCUAUACUGGCUAAGUGCAUUGCCCUAUAGUCAGGGGUACAAGGCACUGGUAGGGAGGAUGAAAGAUAAGUAUCCUCCUAAAGAUGGAAAGCCACAGGAAACAGUGGAACAGAUAGAGCUCUACAAUGAUAGCGAUGGUUCUGCCAGUACCACCCUCCAGCGUAAGGACAUUACCCACUACCUAAUGGCCGCCUGUGGCUACUGCCCACUGGUACUCAUCGGUAUCCAGGGGACCAUAGAAAGGGAAGUUAAGACAGAGACACAGCCAGCACCGGCAGGUGCUGUAUCUCCGGCAGCGGCGGCCAAGAAUACCUGUCCCAAGCAUAAGGAAAAACCUCAUGAGAGGUGUAAACUAGAGAAGAGUGCCAAUACGGAUACAACCAAAGCACAGUCUUCCACUAGUGAACUCAAGGAAGGUGAAGUCUGCUAUGGCGGGUACCACCUGGAAGUAUCCAAGUUUGGUCCCCUCCACGGAAUGUAUGCCAAUGGGCUCUUUGGCUUCCAGAUGGACGGCUCUGCCGCCCAGUGCCUGGACCAACUGAGGGUAUAUGUCUACCACUGCUUCUACCAGCUCUAUUUCCUAAGGAAGCAGUGUAGUACUGGUGUUGAAGUGGGAGGAGUAGGAGGAGCGAAGACAGUGCUGGGCUGGCAGAGUUGUAGGUAUGGUAGUGGAGUGAAUCCCAGUGGUGGAGUCAAGAAUUCACAUCCUUGGUUAUGUGAGACCAAAAGUGGGACGGACUGUCAGUGCAAGACUGUCAGUGGUAAGGACUCACCACUGAUGUUAUUCCUGUGUGAUGGAAUAGGAUCUAUGGUCUGCAAAAGGACAGUGGAAAGAACCCCCGAUAGUGAUACGAACACCUAUCCCGAAAUUAUUGAGCAUAUUAACACUAAGGAUGACAAUCCUAAGGGUCACUUCGACCCGCCACUGCUGAAGUUCCCUCAGAUAUGUCCUGUUCCUAUGGGAUGGCAGUCAGAGAGUAAAUAUGGUCACUUCAAAGAUUUGAAAGAGACGCACAAGACAGAGGCACUACAGCAACCAGGCCAAGGCACUUACCCUGUACACUGCACUGGGAAUACACUGUCACAUCUCCUGGAGUACUACUGUGAUCCAUCGCGGUGCCAUGGCUCCCUGGUGGUACUACUGAGACUACUGGCGUGUAUUACUCCUACGGUGCCACGGACUCUGGGUGACCUCUUUGGGUUCUAUUACUAUGUAGUCUACAUUGGUAGUUAUAGACGUUGGGAUUUUAAAAUUAAAGGUGUGAGGGAGGCAUUAGGAAAAGAAGUAAAGGAGCUCUCCCUGUAUAUGGACGGAAAUGAUGAUGGUGAUAAUACAGGAGUGAUAAAGGCAUUAAAAGCGUGGAAUAAAGAAGGUACUUGUGAGAAAGACAGUCACACUGGCGUUAAUGAAGGCUCCCUAAAAACCCUAUAUGGAUGUACUAAAGGCACUGGACAGUGCUGUCCAUACUUAUCCCCCCUGAGUGGCCAGCAGUAUGGCCAGUUGAGUCCCUUGAUGGCAGGGACCUACCUGUCAUGGUUGGUCUAUUUGAUAGAGGGGUUCAGGACAGGACUAGAGGGGUUGAAAGGGGAGUUUCAGGGGAUUGAUUGUAAGGAUUCAGAGUGUCAUAAUGGUGCGGUAGGAGGUGCUGCUGGAUGUGGUGCUGACUGCAAGCAAGGAAGUCACGGUACGACAUGCAGCAGUGGUAGUGGCAGUGGCGGAGUCUGUAAGUGUGCCUCUGUCGUAUCAUGUACCGGGGUACUACCGGUAUUGUACAAGUAUGGCUUUGGGUAUGGUAAUGUAGAGAAGCUGCACAAUGGUCCAGGUCCGAAGAAGUGUGAUGCAUUCCUAACUACACUGAACAAGGUCCUAGAGGGUGAACACCUCAAGACAGGUGGCUCUAACACAGGCCUCCACCAUGAAAUAAAUAAGCUCAUCUACACCACCAGGCUGCCCUGGAUCUUUGUUCUCACGGUAGCGUGGCUAAUGGCGGUGCUAUACCUAGCAUUUGGUGCCAUAUGGCCACUGGACUGGACACAUAUGAGGUCACAUUGUAGGGGAUGGUUCAGGAAGGGUAGUCUGAGUCCAUGGGAGGUACUGAUGGUGGGUAAGAAGAAGGGGAGGGGGAUACUAGAGUUUUUUGGUAAGACAUAGUGGCGCCUUCGGCGCAACGGUGUCUCUAGGGGCAGUGGCAGUGUUAGGGACAAUGUGGCAUCAAUAUUUAUCGAUGUAUAGUUAUGACCUCAGAUAAAGUUUAGUAUAAAAGUAGUAGC